AUGAUAAUCUCUCGGCAUGAAAGAAGACCAUCUCAAUUAGAGGCCUUAAAUGAGAUGCCCUUAUAUCCAACUGAAGAUGUCAUUUGGGAUGAAAACGUUGUACCUUCCGAAUAUUUUUCAGGAGAGGGUUGUUUAGCCCUGCCGAAAUUAAAUUUACAGUUUUUGACGCUCCAUGAUUAUUUGCUGCGGAACUUCGAUUUGUUCCGUUUGGAAUCUACAUAUGAAAUUAGACAAGAUAUAGAAGAUGCUGUAAGCCGAUUGAGCCCAUGGAAAGCCGAAGACGGUGGUGUGGUGUUUGGAGGUUGGGCGCGCAUGGCUCAACCUAUAACAAAAUUUGCAGUUGUUGAAGUUGCCAAACCAAGUAUUGGCGAAAAAAGGCCAUCCAGAGUUCGAGCAGAUGUAGCUGUUGUAUUACCAACCAGGAAUGAUGUUAGAAACGAAUGGGAAAAUUUACGAAAGCACGAUGUCUGCUUUUUGAUCUCAAUAAAACCCACUUGUCCUAUUGGAACGCGUUACCAGCACAAAGAACCAUUUAUCCCUCAAGUUGGUCUUCAUAGAGUACGAGGUUGUGAAAUAGAGGGUUUGCUAGAUGCUAAUGGUCGUGUUAUAGAAGAUGGUGUUGAUCCUAAACCAGAACUUCCUGGUGAUGAGCGUGUAUUCCGAGUCUGGUUAGAUUGCAAUCAAUAUCGAAGAGAUAUGGAUGCUUUGAGCCACGGUGAAGAUGAUGUCUAUGAAAGUUUCAAUAUUUUACUCCGGCGUAAACCCAAAGAAAAUAAUUUCAAAGCUGUUUUGGAAACAAUUCGGGAGCUAAUGAAUACUGAAUGUGUAGUUCCUGAAUGGCUGCACGACAUCUUACUUGGCUACGGUGACCCAGGUUCAGCACAUUAUUCCAGGAUGCCUAAUGAAAUAGCUUGUAUGGAUUUUAAUGAUACAUUUUUGGAUAUGGAUCAUUUAAGGGCCAGUUUUCCUAAUGCGGAAAUCAGGGUGAAGACUGAUGAUCCACGAAAACUUGUUAGACCUUUCAGAUUAACAUUUGAAAACGUUUUGAAAAAGCAGCAAGAUGAUGAGGACAUGCCGGAACCCAAUGGUAAACAGGAAAAAGAAGUUAUAACUGUUGAGCCUCAUGUUCAACCAAGCAGAGGUCCUUAUCAUUUUAAUGAACCUAAAAAGAACGCUAUACCGUUUACACCAACGCAAAUUGAAGCGAUCAGAUCAGGAAUGCAGCCAGGUUUAACAAUGGUAGUUGGUCCGCCAGGUACGGGUAAAACUGACGUGGCCGUCCAGAUCAUAUCAAAUUUGUAUCACAAUUUCCCGACACAGAGAACGCUUAUUGUAACGCAUUCUAAUCAGGCCUUGAACCAGCUUUUUGAAAAAAUUAUGGCAUUGGAUAUAGACGAACGCCAUUUAUUGCGUCUUGGUCAUGGUGAAGAAGCUCUGGAAACCGAGAAAGAUUACAGCAGAUAUGGUCGAGUUAAUUACGUUUUAGCAAAACGUUUAGAUCUUUUGACUGAAGUUCAACGAUUACAAGAUUCUUUAGAUGUUUCCGGUGAUGUUGCAUAUACUUGUGAAACUGCUGGUUAUUUCUACCUUUAUCAGGUUUUAGCAAGGUGGGAAAAAUUUCUAAAUGAGGUGCAGAAGAAUUCAAAGCAAAACCAAAACCUUGAUAUUAUAAAUGAUGAAUUUCCUUUCCACAAAUUUUUUGAGAAAGCCCCACAGCCGUUAUUUAAGAAACAAUCUUUUGAUCAGGAUAUGGAAAUUGCUCAAGGAUGUUUUAGAUAUAUAACGAGAUUAUUCACUGAAUUAGAAGAAUUUCGUGCUUUUGAAUUACUCAGAUCAGGUCUGGAUAGAACAAAAUAUUUAUUAGUCAAAGAAGCUAAAGUUAUCGCCAUGACCUGUACUCAUGCAGCUCUCAAGAGGAAAGAGUUAGUUAACAUGGGUUUUAAAUAUGACAACAUCCUAAUGGAAGAAUCGGCGCAAAUUCUGGAAAUUGAAACAUUCAUCCCUCUGUUAUUGCAAAAUCCUCAAGAUGGACACAGCAGACUGAAGCGUUGGAUUAUGAUUGGAGAUCAUCAUCAAUUGCCACCAGUUAUCAAAAAUAUGGCUUUUCAAAAAUAUAGCAACAUGGAACAAAGUUUAUUCACAAGAAUUGUUAGACUGGGUGUUCCUACUGUUGAUUUAGAUGGGCAGGGACGUUCCAGACCAGGAAUUUGCAACUUGUAUAACUGGCGCUAUAAGACUUUAGGAAAUUUGUCUCAUGUUGAAAAUUGGCCUAUUUAUAAAACUGCCAAUGCUGGUUUUUGUUAUGAGUACCAAUUAAUAAAUGUGGAAGAUUUUAAUGGUGUUGGUGAAUCUGAACCUAGUCCAUACUUUUAUCAGAAUUUGGCAGAAGCUGAAUAUGUUGUUGCAGUGUUUAUGUAUAUGAGAUUGUUAGGGUAUCCAGCAGAAAAAAUAUCAAUUCUCACAACUUAUAAUGGCCAAAAGCAUUUGAUUCGAGAUGUGAUUAAUAUGAGAUGCACAGAUAAUCCACUAAUUGGCCGUCCACAUAAGGUUACAACUGUUGACAAGUACCAGGGUCAGCAGAAUGAUUAUGUAUUAGUUUCCUUGGUACGUACAAGAGCCGUAGGUCAUUUAAGAGAUGUCAGACGUCUUAUUGUGGCAAUGUCCAGAGCACGGCUAGGAUUAUAUGUAUUUGCAAGAGCUUCUUUAUUCCAAAACUGUUUUGAACUUCAACCUACAUUUAAUCAGUUGGUUCAAAGGCCAUAUGAACUGCAUUUGGCUCAAGGGGAGGUGUUCCCUACAGAACGACGAGCAGAGCAACAACCACAGCAUCCACCUCUUAUCAUGAAAGACAUGCCUGAAAUGGCUAAAUAUGUUUAUCAGUAUUACAUGGAGACUAUAAAGGCAAUGCAAAAAGGAAUGGUUCAGCCUAAAUCUUGGAGUAAACCAGGUGAUGUUCCAACAAAUGCACCAGAGAAACCAGCAGCAGCUCAUCCUAGUGGUGAUAGAGACUCCGACAGUGAGGAUGAGGAACAAAAUAAUCAACCACAAACUGAACAAAUAAGUACAAAUACAAAACUGAUUCAGAAAAUACAAAAGACUUAG